CGGUCCCCGGAGCACAGCCUCCCUGUGCGAAAUAUGAGCUCGUCCAGCGCAGCCGGACGCGGCAGGAGUGCAGGUCCAGCGCCAAAGAGGCAAAGUUAUGGCGGAGGUCAAUCUCAUGGUCUGGGUGCUGCUCCGACUGGCGGUAGCACCGGCAAGCCAUACACUGCAGCUCAACAACAAGCUCGAUGGGAUCCCGCAGCCCAACAUGCAGGUGGUGGACAGAGCGGGCCAAGGGAGAUUGCUGCAUCGUCAGGGUCGGGUUACAACCUCCCUGCCAAGAAGCAGAGCAGCACAGUGGUCAACGGCACUGGACCUCCUUCCUCUCCUGCUUCUACCACAUCAUAUGCCGAUCCGCAGAUUGACGAAUUGAUGCGGACCCGCAUGGCCAUGCUUACCGUCGCCUUGAUUGGCUGCCAAGUCAUCGUGAAAACAGCAGAUUGCAAAUAUGUCGGAAUCCUUGCUGCCGUGAUGACCGACGCGGGUGACUUGGGGGUUUUGCUGUCCCAGGCUUACAGACUCAAAGAUUCAGCACAGCCGGAAGGCCCUUUACAGAGUUUGCUCAUCCCCGGGAGAGAUGUGUCAGAACUGGAAGCUACUGAUGUCAAGUUCGGGCCAAGUGUGCGUGAAGACAGGCAAGCGCGAUCAGAUUUCCGGACAGACGUCGAGAUCUCUGCAAGCAGAAUUGCUGAUGGCGGUGCUGGGAGGUCGUUGCAGAAGUGGUCAGACGACGGAAACGUGCCAGACUUAGGUCCAGGGGCGGGGUUGAGUGCGGCGGGCGGCAGAUGGGAUCAAUUUGCCACCAAUGAAGCCAAAUUCGGGCUCAAGACGGAUUACAACGAGGAGUUGUACACCACGAAACUGGACAAGAGCGGUGUCGAUUUCGCUGUCCGGGAGAAGGAGGCAGCAAGAUUAGCAGCGGAGAUUAUGAGCACGGCCACUAAUGAUGCUCAUCUUGCCGAAGAGCGAGGUCAGAAAGAUGAUUCUGGACUUAACGAGGAGGACAAAUACGGUGCUGUUCAAAGGAGCCCAAAUGCAUACGUGCCACCCGCCCGGAGAUUGUCUUCUCAGGGUGCUUCAGGCCGGACGAAUCUGGCCGCUGUGAGCCAAGCUGCAAUCGCCAGAUCUUCGGGCGAAAAUGGUGCUGCUGUCCGAGGUGCAGCUGCUACUGCACCCGUAUCAAAGAAAGACAAGUCCAUGGUAUAUGACGAGUUUAACAGAUUUGUGCAGAAGGAGCAGUCAAGGGCAGCAGCUUUGCAGCAUCAGCAAGCGAAGAAGGAAAAGGACCAACGUCUUGCUGAAUUGAAGAAUUGGGGCUCGACGUUCAAGCUCAAGUCGCCGGCGCCCGCUGACAUUCCUGGCAUCGCCCCACACAAGCAGGCUGCCGAUGACUCCACGACAGGAUCUCUGUCGUCAUCUACGCCUUCUUCCGGUCAAGCAAGCGCCCCGUGCAGGCUUCCAAAGAUCGACGAAGCAUCUCCAUUCAAGACCCCGGAGGAAGCCAAAUCGUCGCUGGCUAAGAUGACGAUCCCCAAGAUCCCCCCAUUCAAUCCUGAUAAAAGCAGAGCUAGCGCAUCUAGUAAUGACACGACGCAGAAUCCACCAGCUUCCGACCAGGGACGAGAAAAAGCACCCGCCGCCAGCGCUGCCAGCUCGUCCAAUGCACCUCGGCUGAGCGCGAAAGCGUCUGCUUUCAAGCCCUUCAACCCAAGUGCGGCAGUCUUUAAACCGGGGCCUUCGCAGCCUGCACAGACCGUACCGCCCGUGCAGCUCGCAACGGUAUCGUCGGGCCCUUCUACAUUGGAGGAGCCACAGACUCUUGCUCGAGGUUCCAAUCCAUUCUUUGGCUUGCGCGAGCCCAAACGUCCUGUCGGAGGCGCCCCUGUGAACGUUUUUAGCGAGUUCAGUCCGGUGAGAACGCCACGGAAGAGUGAUCCGACCAUGAUAGGUCCACUGUGGCCAUUCAGCGGCAGGCCGUUCCGACAGAUCUUUGCCCCCGCUGCGAGCACACCAGCAGCUUUCUUACCGCCUCCCCUCACAUCCGCGGAAGUUCCCGCUGCGAAAUCCCCAGUACCUGCGUCAGCGCAGGUAGCGUCUGGAGGGCCAAUGCAGAAUCAACCAUUUAUCAUGAGCAGCGCAGGUGGUGCUGGCCCUGCUCCGUACGGAUUUGCGUACCCGCCUAUGGGUGCUCCUUACCGCUUCCCUCAGGGCCCUGCCCCAGGGCAACCCUUCCCUGCAGCACAUGGCAUGCCCCCUAUGUCUAUGGCGGCCCCGUACUUUGCCCCAACCCCCUUUUCGCCUCCGAUGCCACCCCACGGACCAGCGGGCGGCUACAGCCCACAUUUGAGCAAUGUCCCUGCGUCUGGGCCUGCACCCAUCUUCGUUGUUGGUGGUGGCCUGCCCCCUGGAGGACCCGGCAACACGCUGCAGCGACCAAACAGCAGUGCACAUCCUGUCCCCUCUCACAUGAAGGGUGGCCCCCAAGGCUUCAAUGCGAACCUAGUGCUGCCUCAGGGCCAGGCGGCUGUGCCCACGUCUCAAUCGCCGCGUUCAGGACAGGCCACCGUGGAAGAGCCCUCUUGAUGCACUAGUAAUCCCAUGUACUUCAAUGAUGCAUCUAAACCAGCAUUUCGCCAG